AUCUACUCAAGUUUCCUCCUUGCGCACGUCACUGAAAUGUCUGGUAUCAAAGGAAGAGUGUAUGCAAUUACUGGCGCUGCGUCGGGCAUCGGGCGUGCCUCUGCAAUCCGCCUAGCGGAGCUUGGAGCUGGAGGACUAGCUAUUUGCGAUGUCAAUGCGGAAGGCCUCGACAAAACUGAGAAGUUAUGCUCGCAGGCAGGUACUAGAGUAAUUGCGUCCGAAGUUGAUGUUCGAAGUCAGCAAGAGGUCCAGAAUUGGAUUGACAGCACCGUUGCUGAGUUCGGACGUCUCGAUGGAGCUGCAAACAUUGCUGGAAUUGCAGGCGGCGCAGGUGAUACAACUUGCGCAACCAUUGAAGAGUCUGACUGGGAUCGCAUGAUGAACGUCAAUCUUAAAGGCGUCAUGUGGUGCAUGAGAGCCCAGAUUCCGCACCUCCCCCGCCCGGGGGGAGCUAUCGUCAACAUCUCCAGCACCUCGGGCCUCAGAGGCUUCCCUCACAAUGCAGCCUAUUCAUCGAGCAAGUUUGGAGUCAUCGGCCUUACAUCAUCUGUGGCUGGCGAGUUUGGCGCUGAGGGUCUUCGCAUCAACUCCCUCCUACCGGGACCGAUCCGAACUGAGAUGUUCGAGGCGGGCGAAGCGAAGGGGUUGUUUGACUCGGAAAAGAUCAGCAAGUUAACGUGCCUUGGUCGCAUGGGCAAGCCUGACGAGGUGGCCAAGGUUCUGUGUUUCUUGUUGAGCGAUGAUGCGUCAUAUGUUACUGGGGCACAAUGGACUGUGGAUGGAGGGUAUGCUGCCUGCUGACGAGUGAAUAAUGGGCACCUAGCGAUGGGAGAAUGAAUAGCUAGUUGAACAAUGAUUAACAACGAGGAGAUAUGCC